AUGAGGGUCUAUCAGAGUCUGACUGAGAACAUGGUGACAGUCAACAUGUUACUGAGCGUCUUCUUUCUUCCAGGUGCUUUGGCUGAUUACUGUUAUGGUCAAACACCAGGUCUCAACAUCACUACACCAAAUAACUUGGACGCUCUGACUGGAUCUUGUUUGCAAAUCCCAUGUAGCUAUGAGGCAGAUCAUCCUAAAUAUGACAGCAGUAAAACUAUCUAUGGAGUUUGGAUGAAAGGUGGGGUAAAUGUUUGGGCCAAUCCAAGCCCUGUUAUUUUCCACAGCAGUGGGUCAAUUAACAACUAUUCACUGGAUAUAAUUGGAAACCUGAAAGAGAGCAACUGUAGCACUCUGUUUCCUAAUUUAACAACAAAUCACAUAGACAAAUACUUCUUCAGAGUUGAGAACGGUGACUACAGGGCAACAGCUUGUGCUGAUCCUCUUCAAAUAACAGUUAAAGAUUCUCCUUGGAGUCCCAGCAUUAAUGUUCCCUCUGACCUGAAGGAGCAUCAGUCUGUCACUGUAACCUGCUCAGCUUUCACUCCCUGUCCAAACUCACCUCCUGAACUCACCUGGAAUCUCCAACAAGACUCU